AUGUAUGCCCUGGCAUGGCGAAAGCAGAAUGACUCAACGCAGCAGGCUCUCACAGGCCCGUUCCUCGCAAAUGUUUUUAUGGGCAAGAUCAAAAAAACGAGUCUAAGGGGCACCAUCAAUGGCCUUGCAUUUUACGGUCGAUAUGUGGAUGAUAUCUUCUGUUUGACAGACUAUAACGCUGACAAUGACGCCCUGGUCGCGAAGUUUAAAAAUACACCAACUCAGAAGAAGAAGCGAUCACUGCAACAAGAGCUUUAUUGUCCUGACGUUUCCAAUUCCGUCGGGAAUCCUUAG